AUGUCGGCGGUCUUCGUGAGCGGCUUCGACUCCGACACCACCAUAACCACGGUGUUUCUCCACUUCAGCACCAUUGCGCUGGUCGAAAACGUUCAAUUCGUUGGCCAAGGAAAUGCCGUUGUGACCUACGAAUCGUCAGAGGCCGCGGGCCGCGCGGUGAUUCAGCUCAAUAACAGCACCAUGCAGGGCAACCGACGGUAUGUCACCGUGAUGAUCGACCACGGGGGCAAUGGCAAAGGCAAGGAUGGAAAAGAUAGCAGCGGCGUAGCCGGGUACGACAACAGCCACUUGAAGGGCUGCGACAUGGACCGUGGAAAGAGCUGCUAUGGCAAGGGCGGCUAUGGCAAGGGAGGAGGAGGACGAGACCACUUCGAUGGGGACACGCAAAAUGUUUUCGUUCCGCCCUUCAGCGGCCACCCCGGGUACGACAAAGGCCACGGCAAGGGCGGCUAUGGCAAUGGAAAUCGCAAGGGAGGACGAGGACGAGACCGCUUCGAUGGGGACGGGGAGACGCAAAAUGUUUUCGUUCCGCCCUUCAGCGGCCACCCCGGGUACGACAAAGGCCACAGCAAGGGCGGCUAUGGCAAUGGAAAUGGCAAGGGAGGACGAGGGCGAGACCAUUUCGAUGGCGAGACGCAAAAUGUUUUCGUUCCGCCCUUCAGCGGCCACCCCGGGUACGACAAAGGCCACAGCAAGGGCGGCUAUGGCAAUGGAAAUGGCAAGGGAGGACGAGGACGAGACUACUUCGAUGGGGAGAUGAAAGAGAGUGCAGAGGGACGUGUUUGGGACUCAGGAUCUCUCGAAGCCUCGGACGAUCGCUAUGACCCUGCCGUGAACUCCAAAAUGCCGAACCUGCUCUCGAGGCGCGCGCGUGGUGGCGCUGCAAGCAGCGGGCUCUGCGGAGUCGGCUCAGACACUCGUGCAAGCGGCGGAGAGCUGGACGGCGCUUCGUCUUCUGAGUCUCCCCUUGAAAAGGCCCUGAAGCUUGCGCACGAGGACCCUGGCAGAGCUCCUGAAGCCCUGAAGGUUGCGAAGGAGCUCAUGGCCAUGCGACGAGAUCGCAGUCAGAAUGCGUCCAAGCAGCAAGAUUUGGCAUAA